AUGUACAUCCCUGCUCCCAGCUAUCAUGGCUCGCAAUGCUACACCUCAAAUGACCAGGGUUUCUGGGUCGAUUGCCUUGAUCGCAACGAUGUUGACUCGAUAAUUUCAUUCGUAAAAGAUCGAGGGUAUAUUUCUAGCACGGAUAUCCCGACUUGCUUCAUGGUGAAAGAGCUGGCCGAUGCAUUUCCAGAUGCAAGCGUGAUUCUCGGAAUCCGCGACAGUCCGAAAAAAUGGGUUGAGUCUUUUGAAAAUACAGUUAUGCAGCAUUAUAGAGAGGGCUUCUAG